CCCGAGCAGAGAGAGAGCAGAGAGUCACUCCAGCAGAGACUUAACCGUCAGUAGAGAAGUCUACCCUCUCAGUCCUGACAAACAAACAGCUUCCAGUCUCAGCUUCACCCUCUCCACCACUCAUCCAUCAUGUUUAUCAACGAAGAGCUCGAGUGCUGUGUGUGCUGCUACGAGUACUCCCGUAGCGACCGGGUCCCGCGGGUCCUGCACUGCGGACACACCUUCUGCGCCCCCUGCCUGGAGAAACUGUGCAAGCAGGAAGGGUUCAUCCGCAGCGUGUCUUGCCCCAUGUGCCGCUGGGUCACCUGCACCCGAGCCAGCCUCACCUUAUCCGGAUCCCUGUGGGUCAACACGGAGAUCUGGGACCAGAUUGUGGAGGAGGAGCAGGCGAGAAACCGACAAAUCCGGGAGGAUAUAAACGACACAAAGAGCAAACUCAUCCAGUCAACACUUCCUGUUUCAAGGCACUCUGGUUUGACUUCCGUUCUCCAAAAAGUAUUCAGCUGUGUUCUGCAUGAACAGUGAGAAACGGACGCUUACUGACAGCUGAACAGCAGAAGAAAUCUGCAGCCUCAUCACCAGACAGACUUGAUAAAUGUGCAUUAUAGCGCAGAACUGCACUAAUUUGGAAGCACCCCAGUUGUAAUGGACCUGCAAAGGACCUGAACGGCUUUGUGUGACUUUUCCUAUGCCUUUCUACUUAGUUUUAAGGGUUGUAAGUCAACAAGUUUUAAACUGUGAAUUUGUAAUGAAAUCUGUGUACAUAUGUUAAUACGAGUAACUGUGAAAUAUUACACUUUCGAUCAGUCCUAAUUUGUUUUCUAAAGGUGAUCUUAAUGACCGUCUGAAAAUAUAUUUUAAGUAUGAAAUGCUCAUUUUUGUUUUAAGGACACAAUGCAAUAAGGGAUUUUGAGUUUUGCUGCAUAUUCUUUAUGUAUUCUAAGUUGUUCUUCAGUUGUUUAUAUUUAUUUGUAUUUACACACUGUAAGACAUUUCAGGUCAACUUGCAAAUGAAGGUUGACCUGCUGCCUUAAAACUGCAAGUUAACUUAAGAUUACCUUUGUUUCAACUCUGAAAAUAA